UUUUUAUAUAUAGUAAUCGUGCAGUCUUGCUUUGUUGCUAUAAAAACAGACGCCUAGUGAUGGACGAUGGCAUUUUGUAAUCUUUUUACCAAUUUGGGGGGUGAAGGAGAAUUAAAGGAUCCUAACCACAGAAAUAACACUAACAAUGGUCAAGAGGGCAGCUCAAAGAGGAAACCACAGACCAUGAAGAGUGGCCCCUAUGCGAAGAGGCAGUGUCCUCAGCCUUAUACAGCAGCUACAUGUGAUGCAGUGCAAAAUGAGGAACCCAAAACCCAUGGUUUUAACAGGGCCAAUAACAACAACCCAAGACCCGGUGUUUCCAGAAAUGCAACUUAUAGACACAAUCCAAGGACUUUCAUGAGCGAUGAUGUCAAUAGAGGAAGUGCUAACAAUACAACCAAUAAGAAAAAGAAGAAAAUGAAAAACAAAGGGAAGAAAAAGCGGGAGAGAGAGAGGGAAAAUGGGCAACGGUACAGGAAUGCUCAGAAAGAUAAGAGAAAUAAAGACAAUACACAGCCUCAUAAACCGUUCAUGUCCCAAGAGUUCAAGGAGCAACACUCUCUGGAGGUGGAUGGGCAUUUGCUUUGUAUUUAUUUCCUUCGUGGGAGAUGCAUCAAGGGUGAAGACUGCCAAUUUGAGCAUAUUGAGGGAUACAAUGGUCUAAUUAAAGAAGCCUGCAAAUUUUACAUCCAAGGAUUUUGCUUAAAAGGGAAGAACUGUCCAUACCUGCAUGAUAUCCUUUGA